AUGCAGGCGAGAGGGCAAGUCCUGCUCUUGCUCAUGUGCGUCAUCACCUCUCUCACUCCAGCUGUACCGGUAUGUACUCAGGGGAGGCCGCGUGGGGUGGCUUUUUCGGGGCUUGAUCACGACGCUUACUUUCAGCAUACAGUAGCAGCGUAUAGGGUGUGGAGUGUGGAGUGUAGAAUGAGUGCGAGGGGAGUAUCCUACCCGCUGCUAAUCGCUUCUACUUGGGAGUUCCUUAGGGUAGCCGUGAUCCAACUACCUGAGGCGCCGAGGAGGCGAUUUACGAGGGCUCCACGGUCGCCGCCACAGCUUACUAUACCUACUGCUGCCCUCCGCUCCGGCUUCCGAGGUUUCCCAACUGCCACGUGGAAGUGGAAGUGGGAGCGAGCCUCUCGCUCUUGCAGGAGAGGAGAGGAUCGUACGGAGGGUUGUCGUUCUUGUCGUUCGUCGGGGACUUCUAUUUUCGGCAAUGUCUACAUGUCUAUAUGGUAUCCUAGGGUAGCCAGGGUUUUGACGUUAGGGUACGCACCUCACCGAUCACGGGCAGUGCUGGGGAGUGGAAAGACGGGGAUGCAGGGACGAGGCAGGCAUAAAGCAGGCACCCAAGAGGUUCCGCGGACGACGACGGCAGACGGGACGAGGCGAGGUGUGAGUGGUGAGACAAACGCCUACUUUCACCAUGGGCUUUAUCGAACCUCGCCUUCAGUCUUCAGGCUUCGCGGCUGGUUCCCAUGCAUGCAGCUAGUAGCCUCAGGCGUGAUGGUUCCCGUUAUAGAAACUAGACGGGAUCGAAAAGCGUCUACCUCAAGCCUGUACCGAGAAUGGGGGAUAUGCCAUGCUUGCCCUUACCGAUGGGACGGGGAAGAAGGAGUGGUGCAGCUGAGGAUAGGGUAG